CAUAUAACUAGCAAUUGGGAUAGAAUUAUUAUCAUUCUGUCUGUGUUUUUGAUUCAUCAACUUCAAAAUGAAUAUUCCUCCUCCUUCAUCUUCAUCUUCUUCUAUGAAGAAAGCUAUUUCCACGGCAGCCUCGGUUGCUGCUACUGUUGUGUUAAUCCAAACGAUUUCCCGUGACUUAAUCCCCGACGAGGUCCGUUAUUAUCUAAAACUAGGCAUCAAAACAAUCUACAAAUCAAUCUCAUCCGAAAUCACCCUCAUCAUUGAAGAACUCGAUGGCCUUGGCUUCAAUCAGUUCUACAAAGCCGUUGAACUCUACUUAGGCUCUAAGAUCUUCCAAUCCACCUCUAAUUUCAGAAUCACCAUGCCCGACAAGGAUUCCAACAUCUACACUUCAAUGGCCGAGGAUGAAGAGAUGCUCGAUUAUUUCAACGCCGCAAAAUUCAAAUGGAGACAUUUCACGCCAAGGACCAAAUCGAGGCAAUCGUCCAGUUCCGAUGGAGAUAUCUCCUCAUGGCAAACGGGUACUAGUUAUUACACACUUGUUUUUAAUAAAAGACACAAACAGUUGGUCUUCGAUUCUUAUUUCCCAUUUCUACUUGAGGAAUCUCGAAAAAUUAAGGAACAGAGGAAGACCCUUAAGAUCUUUACUCUUGGUAACCAGAAUUCGAGAAGAUUCUCUGGCGAUGGUAAAUCCUGGACCGGUGUUAAUUUGGACCAUCCUGCAACUUUUGAGAAAUUGGCGAUGGAUCAAGAUAUGAAGAAGAUGAUUAUUGAAGAUUUGAAUUUGUUCAUAAGGAGGAAGGAGUUUUAUAGAACUGUGGGGAAGGCUUGGAAGAGAGGAUACUUGCUUUAUGGUCCUCCUGGCACCGGAAAAUCGAGCUUGAUCGCUGCGAUUGCGAAUUAUCUGAGUUUUGAUAUCUAUGAUCUCGAGCUGACCUCUAUUCAAGAUAAUGCGGAUUUGAGGAGACUGUUGAUUUCGACUGCUAACAAAUCGAUUCUGGUUGUUGAAGAUAUCGAUUGCAGCCUUGAUCUAGACGACAAUCAGCGAGGCGUUGUGAACUCGAAUGAAGCGCCUCAAACCAUAAAGAUAGUCAAGAAAGACAAAACAAAGCAAGUAACAUUAUCGGGAUUAUUAAAUUUCAUUGACGGGUUAUGGUCAAGUUGUUCUGGGGACGAGCGGAUAAUCGUGUUCACCACGAAUCACAAAGAACGGUUGGACCAAGCUCUGUUACGUCCGGGUCGAAUGGACUUGCACAUCCACUUGUCAUAUUGCACGUUUUGUGGAUUUCAAAUUCUUGCUAAAAAUUAUUUGGAUUUGAGUGAACAUGUUUUGUUUGAUGAUGUGAAAUCAUUGUUGGAGAAGGCUAUGGCAACUCCUGCUGAAAUUGCGGAACAACUACUGAAGAACGAGGAUUCUAAGAUUGCGCUAAGAGGGUUAAUCAAAUUCUUAGAAGAAAAGAUCACACAAAAUGAAGAGAAUGAAUCUAUGAGAAGAAAGGAGGAAGAAGAGAAACUUAAAGAAAAGGAUUGCCAAGUUGAAGAUGAGAAACUUAAAGAAAAAAAUGGUCAAGUUGAAGACAAUAAUUGCGGUAAAGAAGAAGAAAUUAAGAUUUGAGUUUGUCUAUUUAUCUUUUUCCAUUAUUUAAAAAAAAAUUGUAUUAUUGGAAUAUGCAAGACUUUUAUCAUAAUAAUGAGUUGCUUAAAAAAAAAAAAAAGUAUAAUCAAGCUUAGA